CUUCUCGUAUCUCAUUCAAUCUUUUAUUAAUUAUUAAUCUUACCUUCCACCACUUCUGAGACGACUGUUUGAAUCAAACAUCAUGUCAGCCUCAUCCAGAUCGAUGAAUUUGAGUGCACUGGUCGUCGGUGUAGUGUUUCUGAUCGCUCAAGUCAAAUGCCAGGCCCAGGGGACAUGGAGACCAAUUUGUGAAAGCGGCAGCACUGUUGCGUGGCUCGGCGCGCAUGGAGGGCUGUUGCCGCUAUCUUAUGCGGGAGUACCUGUAUCGGGCAGAGGCCAAUGCCUCGCUUCGAACACCGGCGCCACCUUUGAUCUCAUCACCGCCCCUACUGCUUUCAACUUUCCGAUCGCCGGCAGAGUGUUGCUCUGUGGAACGAGCAACGGUUGUGCGAGCGCCAGCCCGGCACCUCCAGCCCAAGUAACGGCGAGAAUAUGUUCAGGUCAAAGCGUUGUGGCCUACAUUUCCGGCCCAACCAACACGAUUUAUCCCGCUAAUGGUCAGGGGACUCCAUCUGGGCAAGCCAGAUGCACUGGAACUACUAGCAUCCCGGAACUAACAGUUGAUGCAGUCCCAAGUUUCCCUCUGGGUUCCAACCCUUAUUGCGCUAUGGCCAAUGGUGACUGUGCGAGAGUCGCCUGAGUUGUCCUCUGUGUUGUUUCCAACUCUUUUUCUGUCGUUUCUAGAUUUUCCGUUUUUCUGCAUGUGAAUCUGUUCAUUCUCAUUCACAAACAUGGCUUCUACUACAUUCUGAAAGUUAAACAAUGAUAUUGUUAGGAUCUACGUCCAAGUUUGUUCUAGUGCCUUUGAAUUGCGACUUUUUUUCCCUUCACCCUUGAACAACCAUGUCAGGCAAUUAGCUAUGUUCAUCUAAAUCGUUUUUGUCUUCGUCACGAUCUUUAUUGAAGCUUGCAGUUCUUAUAAUUCAAAGUUUUGAGCUACCUGUCUCC